AAAUGCCAAAUCUAAAUUAAUUAUAUGUUGUGUCGAGGCCUCAAGGAUAAGACAUAAUUAGCAUAUGUAUAACUACAUACUACUAUACUCUUCACGUAUUCCUCACAUUGCAGUUGUAACUACUACCGUACAAGAGCAGGACUGUGUUUUUUCAAUUUUUUUUCACGAUGAAAUUAACUGAUAUAGACCAGGGAUAUUCUUGGGUAAUACUGUUUUUUUGCACAAUCAACUAUUCAAUUGUUGCUGGCGCUAUGAAGUCUAUUGGAGUUCUAUAUACAGAAUUAUUAGAUUAUUACGACGCCGGCACUGGAAAUACAGCUUGGAUAUCCGGAGUAAAUAUAUUUGUUGCUCUUGCACUAGCACCAUUUGCCAACUUUUUUGGAGAGAGAUAUACGUAUCGAGCAGUUAUGAUUACCGGGAGCUGUUUCAUUUUGAUAGGUCACACUGCAAGUGCUUUUGUGCCGAAUAUAGAAUGGCUCUAUUUAACAUAUGGGAUAGUUACAGGGACUGGAUAUUCUCUUAUAAUGGCUCCCAGUGCAACUGUUAUGAAUUUUUAUUUUAAAGAGAAAAGAAGUUUUGCCAAUGGGGUAAUGGUAGGCAGCAGUGGUUUUUGUGGUAUGGGAUUUCCAUACCUUUACCGAUUCUUAUUUGAUACAUUUAGUUUACAUGGUGCCUUAUUGAUAAUUGGUGCUAUAUUCUUUAAUACAUGUGCUGCAAGUUUGUGUUUGCGCCAACCACCAAUGCUGACACAAAGAAAAAGAGUAAGAGAAAAAAGAAGAGAAUCAUUGAUCAAUAUGUCAGCGGAAGACAGAAAAAGAAUUGUCAAGGUUGGACUAUUCGAAAACAAAAGGUUUACUAUUUACCUUAUGGCAGUAUGUUUUCAACUUGCCAAUUUUGGUGGAAAUCUUGUUGCACUUCCGGGACAAGUGCGAUCGCUUCAGUUGGGAAAAGAAACAAUUGCACUUUCUGUUUCAUUAGUUGGUGCAUCAGAAAUUGUAUGCAGAAUAUUUUUAGGGUGGGUAGGCGACUUGAACAUCAUGAAACGAACUACGAUAUUAAUGAUAUGUUCUUUAGGAAGUUGUGCGUCUGCCAUUUGCAUUCCGUUUGUAUUAUGCCAGGAGUCGUUAUUUGUGUAUGCUGUACUUGUUGCUUUGUUUUCUGGAUCCGCAUGGAGUUUAGUUGGAGUAAUUGUGAUAGACUGUGUAGGACUUAAUGACUUUUCACCUGGCUUUGGACUUGUGUACAUGGGUGUUGCAAUAUCCACCUUAUUAACCCAACCUCUUGCAGGUUGGUUGGAGGACAUAACAGGUAACUGGGAUAUGUCGUUCCGUUUUAAUGGUUUCCUAAGUGGGGCUGCCUUCUUACUUUGUUUACUGGAAUAUUUAUUCGGCAACAUGUGCAGCAGGAAGAUGACAGAGGAAGAGAAAUCCAAUGAUUGCAAAAAGACUGCAUAUCCAGAAAUAGUUUUGCAGUGUACAGAAAAGGAAAUCGAAAAGGAAAAGGACAACACAAGAUUCUAAUCGUUUUAAGAAGUUUUAUUAGUUAAAUCUUUAAAAGAAAUGAUUCUUUUUUUUUUUUUUUAUCAAAUCUAGUCUCUGAAAUUGAUUUUCAGUUUCUUAAAAAUUAAUAUAUUAUAUUUAUGUAUUCUGAAAAAUCAUCGAAAUGUCAUUUUAUAGAUUUAUUUAUGAUCCUAAUGGUUGCGUUUUUAUUUAAGAUUGUAAUGUGAAUUAUAUGCACGUAUAAAUCAUUCAUUUGUAAAUACUGUUUAUCUUCUCAUAACUGAUCUCUAACAUUGAUUGAAAAUCAUGCCUUUAUGUCAGAUGUGUGACAAACAUUAAAUUGAAGACGAAUAUCAUUUCAUUUUAGUUUGUAAAAUAUAUGCCCCUGUACAAACAAUGUGUAUCAGAACUUAUAAUUGGAGAGAAAUAUCCAGUUUCAAACUUGUACAUGUAUUGUCUAUUCAUAAUAUAAAACAAUUCAAUAUUUAUUGAAUACAUGUAUUUCUUGAUGAAAAGAUAUGUAAAUGGUUUAUGUAUUGUAUAUUUUCUCUGUCUUUGACAUUUCAUGUUGUUUGGGCAUGAUUAUUAAUUGUACACUGUUGCUAUUGCGCUGUGAAUAUUUGUUAUAUAUAUACAUAUUCUAUGAGCUGUAUUGCUUAAUACGAAUAAAGUUAUUAUUAUUGUUA